GGACCAAUCAAAGAUGAGCUUUAACGAAAUCGCUUGUAAUGAGUGAGGUUAUGAUUGGUCGAUAUGGCGUAACUAUCAUCGAUAAAACGAUCGCUUUAUGAAGGGUUACCUUGAAAAUAUCAGAGUAAGAGAAAGACAGAGAGAUAAAGAUAGAGAUAGAGUUAGAGAGAGAAAGAGAGAGAAAGAGAGAGAGAGAGAAAUUGAAAGAGAGAGAGAAAGACAGAAAGAUAGAGAAAGAUAGAGAGAGAAAGAAAGAAAACAGGGGGAAAAGAGGAAAUCUAAUGCGAAGAGAAGUAAUUUAAUAUGUCUAUUCUAAAGACACAGUGUAACGAGCGAUUAAGUUCGUCAAGGUCAUCAAGAGAGCGUCGUAGGAAUGUACGAAGGAAGCUCUCCUCUUUACCCUACCAUCGUCGGCCCAUAAAAUCCACUGGAGGAUCCCCCACAUUGCAUCCAGGAGAAAAGCCAUCGCUUCGAGCGAUCGCGCGAUGUCAACGAGACGGAGAGCAGCGAGAAAGAGAAGGAAGGAACGUGUCAAUCUGUAUCGCGGAAAGUCCACGGCUUACGUACGACGUUAGUAGUAUACGACGAUACUGCCGGUACUUGGCCGAUCUGUCCGGGUAGGGAAACAAGUGUCUGCUGUGUACAAGAUGGCGGCGCCCGGGGCUUUCGCUCUCGUGAAAAUCGCAAUGAAACGAGUGAUUGUCUCUCUGUUCUAAUUACAACAACACAACAACAACAACAACAACAACGAGUUAGAAAAAGAAAGAAAGGAAAAAAGAAAUAAAAUAAAAUAAAAUAAAAUAAAAUAAAAUAAAAUACGACGAAAAAGAGAAACGACAAAAGUGUGGUGGUUGUUGGUGGUGUGGUUGGUGGUGGUUAGUGUUAGUGGUGUUGGUGGUGGUGGUGGUGUUAGCUACGCGAUACGGCCCCAGGAGGAGAGCGGUAUCGCAGAGAGCCGAGAGAGAAUCCUCGACCGUCGAAGGAUGUGAUCCGUAGAAGAAAGAAAAAAUAAAAUCCCCUGACAUCCCAAAACCCGGAGCCUCCUUAGCCCCGAGGCUGCCGAGGUAGGAGGCAACGGGGAGAGAGAGAGAGAGAGAGAAAGAAAGAGAGAGAAAGAGAGAGUAUAAUAUAUAAGGUGUAACAAUUUCUUCUUUCGUUUCUUUUUUUUUGGUUCUUUCUUUUUUCUCUCUCUCUCUUUUUCAUCGGCGGAGUCCUCCUAACCAAAGGGAAGAAUAAUAUAAUACGUGGAUAUAUAUAUAUAUAUUCAAAGUUUUCGGAAAUAAUAGAGAAAAUUCGAAGAGAGAUAUGAUAUAAGGAAAUAAAGAAAUAAUAAUAAUAAGAAGAAAAAGAAAACGAAGAAGAGGAAAACGAAGAAGAGGAAGACGAAGACGAAGACAACGAAGAAGAAUAAGAAGAAGAAGAAGAAGAAGAAGAGAUUGACGAAGACGAAAAAGUCGUCAAUCGGUCGUUUGGUUGGUCGGGCGGUCGGUCGGUCGGUUGGUUGGUUGGGGUGUCAGAGAAUCAGUCAGAGUGCAUCGGUUCGUCCUUUUUGCGAAGGAAUUGUCCUUCUUGUUCCCUCCCUCCUUCCUCUUCCUUCUUCUCCUUCCUCCCUUCCCCUUUUACCUUCCUUCUUCCUUUCCUUCCCAGGGCUUUCUAGAGUAAACCAGGUCUACUAAGAACCUUCGUUUCUCUCUCUCUCUCUCUCUCUCUCUCUCUUUCUUUCUUUCUUUUUUCCUCUUCCCCUCUGUCCUAUCUAUCUAUCUAUCUCACUCUCUCUCUCUGUCUCUCUGUCUCUCUGUCUCCGUCUCUCUCUUUGACGCACACGCAGGCAUACGCUCUUCCUCAUCCUCUCUUUCCACCACUCCACCCAGUGAAGAGAGUUCCUUAGCUCAAAGACGACGCGUACGCCUUGGAAGGCCAAGGAAAGAUUUGCGACACGACGUCACAACAACAACGUCGUCGACGACGACGACGACGACGAGAACAACAGCAGCAGCAGCAGCAGCAGCAGCGGCGACGACGACGACGACGACGACGACGACGACGGCAGCGGCAGUGGUAGUGAUCACGAAGACGACGAUAAUGACGACGACAACGACAACGACGACGACAACGACGACAAUGGGAACGACGACGACGACGACGACGACGACGAUGACGAUGGGAACGUUGACUACAUCUACUACGACGACGAUGGAGUCUAGACAACGUUAUCACGAGCUAUGUCGAUUGUGUGCAUCUUACGACGCUGUCAAGAUGGAUAUAUUCGGACAGGAGGGAAAAAAUCGACAACUGGUCGACAAAAUUCAGACCUGUCUACCGUUCAAGAUCACAGAAAAUGAUCGCCUCCCAAAGUGUUUAUGUUAUCGCUGUAUGUACAACCUGGAGAAUUUUUAUGACUUCAGGACAGCAUGCGUCAAUGCAGUGGCAUUAUUGGAAAGAUAUUUACCUCCUAGCGAAUUAGCACAUAAUGGGGACAAAAGUAACUAUAUGCAGUACAGUAAUGUACAUUCAGAAUUUUUGAAGGAGAAAGAAAAUAUCCCCAUAUUAAUCCCAGAGGCUCCCAUAGUAAAUCCAAAUGCGGCUUUAGGUACACCGCCAAGAUUAAAUUCCGAUGGAGAAGCAGAUAAUGAAAUAGAAGAACUUCUUGAAAAUAGUGGCACGGAUGAAGAGGCAACGAUAAUAGAUGAUUCGGAUAGAAAAUCUGAUGAAUAUGAAAUGGAUAUGGAAACGAAUCCUAGUGAUUUCUUAGAAAUGACCCCAAUGGUAACUGAAGAUAAUGAAGAAACGAGUUCAAAAAAUAUGCCUAUGGUAACACAAGAAUCAACAAUAUUCCAACAUACAUCGGAGCAACAUGAAGUGUAUGUGUGUUCGUUGUGUAACAAGGCAUUCAGUUCUAAAGGACAUUUGUCCCUUCAUGCAAGAAUUCAUGUGGGUGCAGGUGAUGUCAUCGGUGAGAAAGUUAUCACCGAUGAUCAUACUUCCUAUAAAAGGCCUUAUCAAUGUGAUCUUUGCAACAAAUCUUAUUCAACGGCUAAACAUCGAUGGGGACAUGUAUCUACUACGCACAGAGGACAUCCUGCCGUAACAUGUGGGUAUUGUUCACGCAUUUAUUCAACACGAACAAAUCUUGAAGAACAUAUAAAAUCACGACAUGCAGGAUUUCCUGCACCGUCCGAAUUACUAAACCCCCUUUUCCGUUCAGAAACCAAAUGUUAUUGUAAAAUGUGUUCCAAAAUGUUCACUAGUAUAGCCGAUUUAAAUAUUCAUAGUCGAAUAUGUAUUGGACAACGAAUAGAGCUUCAAGUGCAACCGGAUAUUAAGAUUGAAUCACAUAAUAGUAAAAGUCUGGUUGAUACUUCGGAUAUAUCGAGUAUGGAUACGGACGAUGAACAUAAGGGAUUUAAAAAUGCUGAAGCAAAAUUAGCCAAAAAUCCACAGCUUACGAUAUUGAAACAGGCGUUGACAAAGGGUAGUGGUUUAAAAAGAGAUUUGGAUGAUAAAACGAGAGCGAAUUGUAGUCCACAAAAAAUAGCGAAAACAGAUGGCUGUGAAAUGCAGAAGAGGUGGUACUGCGAAAUGUGUCCACAAAGUUUUUCUUCAGUGGAAAAUCUUAAAGAACACGAGAUAACACAUGAUGCUGACAAACCUUUUAUUUGUAUAUUGUGUAAAAAAGACUUUACUUUAAAAUCAUCACUCAGCAGACAUAUCUUGGUAUCGCAUGGUGUAGAUCCAUGUCCUUUUAUAGAUAGUGAUAAGUGUUUAAAAAGAGUAGUUCUUACGCAAUCAUGGGGUCAACAGAUACCUAUACCUAUGUCCGAUCAGAAAGACUCAAAGGAACCUUCGGAGUUUGCUCUGUCUCCAGAAAUGAACGUAGAAAAUGAAGAUGAAGAUCAGGAGAGGAGUAAUCAUGAAAAUAUGGUAGAAAUGGAGACAGUUUUUGUAUGUGAAAUAUGUACAAGGGAUUUUAAUGAUAGAGCAUCUUUAUGGUUGCAUAUACGUGCGACGCAUAAAGAAUGCGCUGCUUUUGCUUGCGGAGUAUGUUUAAAAAUAUGUUCUGACAAUACACAACUCCUAAAUCACGUUAAUAUGUAUCACGGAGGAUCAAAGUUAUUAGUAUCGGAACAAAGAAGGUAUAGUUGCACGAUAUGUGGUAGACAACAUGAUUCACGAAAGAAAUUAAUUGCUCAUGUAUCAAUACAUAAUGUAAAUCCUGCUUAUGACCCUGCAAAUUUUGUACAGUUAAACAGUAAUUAUUAUAACGAGACAUUAAAUGGUAAUGAAGUAACUGAAAAUAUUUUGGAGUUUGAUGGAGACGAGGGAGAAAAAAUAGACUGUUAUAUUUGUUAUAAAUCAUUUCCAAACGAGGAUCAUCUUAUAAGACAUCAAAGAAAUGCUCAUAAGUUCGAGCAAAUGGCUCAGGUAGUAGAUGCCAUUGGUAAUGGUAAUCCAGCAAAUAUGAAUGGUACUGGUAAUAGGGCGCAGUAUCAUUUAUUUUUUGUCUGCGAGCUUUGUGGUAGCUCACAUCCUAGUAAAUGGGAACGUUGGUUACAUGUUAGUAGCACUCAUAGUAACGAACCAAGUAUAAAGUGCGAACGGGACGAUUGUGGAAAAAUAUUUGCUACGAAGGCGUUACGUAACGAGCACGUACACCACCAUCACUCGGUCCAAGGUCCUUCGCCAAAUACUUGUGAAGUUUGCGGUAAAUUAUGGGGUAGCCGAGUUGAUUAUUGGAAGCACGUUAUGGGAGUACAUUCCGAUACAGUGCCGCUAAUAUGUGGCGUUUGUCUAAAAGUAUUUCCGAAUGUUUUGCAACUUAAAACACAUGUGCAAACUAAACAUUGGCCAUUGACCAAUGGUGAUUUUAGUUGCGAUAUAUGCGGUAGACCAUAUUCAAAUAAAUCUAAAAUGUCAAGACAUAGAAAAAUUCAUGGAUUAGAAAUUGAUGGUUAUGAUAAUAACAGUAUUAACGAUGCCUUGAACGAAUCGUCAAAGUACGAGCACGGUGUUGUACCCCAAGAAAUGGAUUUAACAUGUGAAUUGUGUGCCGAUAUGAAAUUUUCAAAUCUGGAAAGUUUAUGCAGUCAUAGACGUAUUGUGCACCGUCUAUUUCCGUGUGAUCUUUGUAACAAGUGUUACGGGAGAACGUCACAUUUAUGGAAACAUGUAAAUCGGGUACACAAAGGUCACGUAGAUAUAACGUGUCCUUACUGUUUGAAAACUAGCGCGUCUAAAGACCAUUUAGCUGCGCACAUAUCCAAAAUUCAUAGGUACGAGUUAGAUGUUAGAAAGGAUAAUAAAAAUUCAGUAAAUUUCAAAUCUUCGAACGUGGAGGAUGGGGUUUUACAUUAUUGUGAAAAAUGUAAUAAAGGAUUUCAUAAACGUUACUUACUUAGACGCCAUAUGAAAGGUUGUCAGAAUUAUCGAAAAGAUCCAGGCGCAUUAUUGACCCGUUGCCGUGCCUGUGAAAGAAUAUUUAAAGAUCGUGCCAGUUUACAAAAGCAUAUAGAAAAUCAUCAUAGCACAUACACAUGCCAUUUAUGUAACGAAACUAUUACAUCUAAAUUGGGUAUUAUGACUCAUAAUCGGGUUAAGCAUAUGGAUCAUCCAGAUCUUACGUGUGAAUAUAUUAGUUGUAAAAAAUUAUUCAGAACUAAGGAAGACUUGGAGGCACAUAGGAAGGAUCAUAAAUAUCAUAUAACUCCUAACGUUUGUGACUUUUGUGGGGAUACGGUGGAGAAUAAAUUGAAAUUAAAAAUGCAUGUAUUAUCUUUACACAGAAAUGAAAUAGGAGUAUCUUGCGGUGUUUGUUUAAUACCUAUGAAAGAUCCAAAGGAUUUGAAGAAACACGUUGAAGACGUACACGAAAGUGUUUUAUCCAAACCAAAUACGUGUCAGGUAUGCGGCAAACAAUAUGCAUCAAAAUGGAAAGCUUUCGAUCAUACGAAAAAAUGUCAUGGGAAGGUGUUUAGAACGUGUAAACAAUGUUUAGCUGUUUUUACCAAUGAUUCGGAUAUCAGAGAUCAUUAUGAACACGUUCAUAAUAUUUCCAAAGAUCAAUUAGCUGCAUUUGAAUAUCGUAUGGAUAUUGGAUCUAAAGUCGACGAGUACGAUGUACCAGCGGAUAUCGUUGUUAAAGAAGAACCGGAUGAUUUAGAUUUCGACGAGGAUUUAUGCGAGGACGAUUUGAAUAAUUCUAAACGUAGAAGAUCGUUAACAGAUACCUACGAUUGCGAGAUGUGUCCGGAAAUUUUCUUAAAUUGUCAUACAUUGGCGAAACAUUAUCAAAAUGUUCACAAUACCGAUCCAAUUCGUAUGUUUAAAAAGAUAAAGCCGGAUAAUAAUGACAGUGGCAAAAGAAAAAUGAGAAAUCGAAAGAAUUUUGAAUGUAAAAAUUGUCAAAAACAAUUCUGUACGAAAACAUUGUUUUGGAAUCAUAUUAACGUAUGCACCAGGCGUAACGCCUUUAACAGAUUGGAUAUGCAAAAUAUUAUGCCAACGUCGAUUUUAGAAACACAUUUAAAAAAUAAUAAUCAAAUAAAGAAGGAAGAAACUUCGUCGUUUAUGAACGAAUCGAAUUUAAACAUUCCAGAUUUUAAUUUAUUCGAAGAUAUUAAUUUGCAAUUGUCAGGGCAAAAACCAGUACCGAAUCUUAUGCCAUUGUCACAUAUUAAACCACCUACUGCGGUUAAAUGUUCUAGAAAAGAUUCUCGAAAGGUAUACGAUGAAUCAACGAAUACCGAAUGCACGUGUGAAGUUUGUGGCAAACAAUGGCCAGCGAAAAAACAUCUUUGGCAACAUCUUAUUCGUUUUCAUAGAGCAGAAGCUGCUGUUACGUGUGGCGUUUGUUUGAAAUUAUGUAAAUCUUAUCAAGAUCUGUCCGAUCAUUUGAAGGCAACUCAUGCUGCUAUAUUAUCGUGCGAAGGAAAUAAUUUCACCUGUAAAACCUGUGGUCGUUAUCACAAUGCAAGAAGUAAAUUAUUAUUACAUAUGAGCAUUCAUAUUAAUUACGUUGGCAAUUUUUGGUGUCAAAAGUGUCAAUUGAAUUUUGAAAGUGAGGGCAAAUUUUCAGAACAUAUAUUAGAAUGUAACAAGAAAAUAGAAUCCGUUAGAAGUACCAUCGAGGAUAAUAUAAAGAAUGAAAACGAUGAGAAGGGAAGUUUGAUAGGCGAUGAGACAUCGGUCGUCGAGGAGGUAGAGGAAGUUGAAGAUUUUGAAUCGGAACCUGAGGAGGAUGGCGUCACCCAAGAGGAGAGUAAUAGCGAGAACACGGAAAAUUCGGAAGAUUCGGAUAGUGCCAGUAAUACCAGUACCAGCGACGAGGAGGAAGCGGAAGAGGAAAAUGAUUCUGAAGCCGAGUCUAGAUCUAAUAGUAGGGCUAUAAUAGGAGGGGAAGUAUCGUGUAAUACCGAUGUAAGCGAUGAUACAGAUUCAGAAAAUUCCGUAAAUUCCGCCAUGAUUGAUAAUAAAAAUUUAAACGACAUGAAUUGCUUUAUGAUACACAACGAGGAUAAGCAAAUGGAUAUCGAUACGAAAGACAAUUUGGAAGGACAAUUAACGAAUCAGGAAAUAGUUGGUGAAGUUAAAGAGACUAAUCAAGAGGAACAACAACCACCACACCAACAACCACCACCACAACAACAACCACCACCACAACAACCACCACAACAACAACCACAACCACAACCACAACCACAACCACAACCACAACCACAACCACAACCACAACCACAACCACAACCACAACCACAACCACAACCACAACCACAACUACAACCACAACCACAACCCCAACAACAACAACAACAACAACAACAACAGCAACAACAACAACAACAACAACAACAACAACAACAACAACAGCCACAACAACCACAACAACCACAACAACAACAACAACUACGACAACAACAACAACAACAACAACAACAACAACAACAACAACUGCAACAACAACUACAACAACAAGAACAACAACAACAAGAACAACAACAGCAACAGCAGCAGCAGCAGAAAGAAUUGAAUAUUAAAGAAUCAGUGAAUGUGAGUAAAUUGAAUAAUCUUCACGUCAAGGAAUCACCCGAGAAAAGAAGAAGCGAUUCGGAUUUUACCGACGACGAUGGUCCACCCAUUUUGAGUCCAAUUAUGCCAUUGUUAGAACAGGAACAAACGCAACAACACAAUAAUAAUCCGAUAGAUGAUAUGAGACACAAGCUUAGUCCUAUGGUACCGUUGUCAAUGAACGACGAAAAGGUAUUAGAAAUGUGUGAAUUUUCUGAAAAUGGUAACGAUGUUGAAAGGGGUACGACGUCAUCCAUAUCGAAUCUAAUAAAUUAUUACGAAAAUACGGAUAACGAUAAGGACAUGAACGCUAAUGCGUCUAACCAUAAUUUAGAAUAUGAUUGUGACGAUUUUGAAAAUAUCGAUAACGAGGAGGAUGAGGAAGAGGAGGAGGAGGAAGUGGAAGAGGAGGAGGAAGAGGAGGAAGAGAGGGAUGAGGAGGAGAGAGAGGUGGAGGAACGGGAGGAUGGGGAGGGGGAGGACGAGGAGGAGGAAGAGGAGGAGGAGGAGGAGGAGGAGGAGGAAGAAGAAGAGGAGGAAGGUAGUAUAUCGGCCAAUGAGGAUGGACAAAUGGAAAUAGAUGAACAAAAUGUGGAUUGUAAUUCGGUAAAUAGAUAUGAAAAAUUAGAAAUUAACGAAUGUAUCAAUGAUUCCGAGAUUGACUCUUAUGAGGAAAAUUUAGACGAAGAGAUUAAAUUUGACAAUGAGACUAGAGAUAACGAUGUACAAAUUCAUAAUCUGGAUGGUGCUGUAUUGAUGGUAGCUAACGAUUCGGAAGGUAAUCAGAUUUUAAUUCAACAAAAUGUAUUAACAAUAGGAAACGAGGAUUCUAAUACUGGUGCGACUGAAUAUAUUUAUCAAGAUACGAACGAGUACGAGAUUGAAGAGUAUGGUAUAGCACACCAUGAAAAUAAUUCAACGAUACAGUCUGACGAUAUUCAAGAGAUGGCAUAUGUUCAAGAUAUAUCAGAAAAUGAGGAUAGCAUCGAAGAGGUUGUAGAAAUACAUGAUAUGGAGGAACAAAGUAUGAGUGCCAAAAGCAAACAAUCUAACUUAUAAUAAGUCUAUAACAAAGUGGUGUAAGAUAAUGAGAUAUAGAUAACGAUGUGAGGGUCCAUAAAAAAAAAAAAAAAAAGAAAAGAAAAAAAAAGAAGGGACU